AAAAGGAGCGUUUUUUGCUUCAUUCUGUCAUACAACUUUAAUCCACUUUCAUGCAACUACGUGGAACCUCACUUUUAAGUACCCAUUCCUACUUACUCAUCAAUAAUUCGACUAUAUAUAUUCUACUUCCCUCAAACUUCACUUCCAUAUUAUUUCUUUAAUGAUAAAUUUAAAAUGGAAAACGAUCAAGAAAGUAAGAAUAAUAUGGACGUGUAUAGAGGAGUAAGGAAGAGAAAAUGGGGGAAAUGGGUGUCUGAGAUACGCGAACCAGGAAAGAAAACCCGAAUAUGGUUGGGGAGUUAUCAGAAAGCAGAAAUGGCUGCUGCUGCUUAUGAUGUUGCUGCAUUUCAUCUAAAAGGUGAGAGACCGAACUUAAGGCUCAAUUUCCCUGAAUUAAUCCAUACAUUCCCAAAACCCUCAAGUUCAAGACCUGAAGACGUACAAAUGGCAGCUCAUGAAGCGGCAAUGAGGUUCAAACCGUCAAUUGAUGAUCAUCCUGAGGAAUGUGGUGUAGGCCAGGUGAGAGUAGGUCUCUCACCUAGUCAAAUUCAGGCGAUUAAUGAAUCCCCUUUGGACUCACCCAAAAUGUGGAUGGAGUUAGCCGGGGCUCUAUUACCUGUCAGAGAAUACACUUGUCCCACCGAUUAUUUUGAGGAUGAAACCCCACACCAUCAUGAGUCCAUUUGGGAUUUUUAAUUACAUACAUUUUAGACAAAAUUAUUGUGGGCCAACAAAAGGAAUUUGAUGUUAUUAUAUUCUUCUUCUUGGAGGUUUAGAUUUUUGUUUAAUAGAGAUUCUUUGUAAGAAUAAAUGUUAAUAGUCUCGAGACAAGUACGUCCAUGAAGAAGGUCUAAAAUAAAAUAUAAAGGUGCAGCCUUUAAUUUUAUUUUGCUUUUUCUAUAUAGCCUUUAAUAUUUCUUUCCGUUAUAAAUCUUUAUCUAGUUUUGAGAUUUUGCGACAUUACUUAGUUUAUGUCCCAAAAAAUCACAUAGAGAAGUAUUUUACUUGAUA